AAAAAUUGCUAUAUUAUUUUUUUUGUCUCUCAUUUCUCCAGUAUCAGUCAUCGUCUUCUCCAGCCGGCGCUCAUGGAAACCCCAGCCGAAGCUCUCAUUCGCCGAGAUCGUAGCCGGAAACACCGCUCAACUCCUUCCACCACCCCCAAUACCGCCAUACAUUCUCUCCUCUCUAAGCAAGUUUCUCUGCACGACUGGUGGCUGGUUAAAUCUGAUUCGGUUUCUCAUGGCAAAGAAUUAAGCGUUGGAGGUUUCAAUCACAGAGAGAGCCGAGGCAUAAGAAGUUUCUCUUCUGCACCCAUAAUCAAGAGACACGAUGCAGUUACUCUCGAGACUGAUGAUGGCAUAACGAUCUUGCUCCAUGGAAAUCUCAAUAGGUCUCGCACACUUGAAAAUGGCUUCCCUCGCGAGGUAAGCGACGAUUUUCUGAUUGGGUUUCCAUAUUAUUGGGAAGAAUUUGCUGCAGUAUCUGUUUCGAAAGGGUUUUCUUGUUCCGAUGCUUGUAAAACACCUGGCCCAGCAGAUCACACGACCAGUGUGCCGAACAUGGAUAAUUUUGACGAUACAAUGAAAACAAAUUACGAUGAUUUUUUUCACCGCAGUGGAGCAUCGAGUGCAAGAAAAGAGAGUUCUCAGCUGAGAGAAAGUACCGAAACACCCUUAAAGCGAAACAAGGUAAAUGCUGAACAGAGUACGACAGGUGGCAGUAAUGCGGAAGUUGUAGUUCGUAGUGGCCCUUUGACAAGAAGUAGAACCCGAAAAACUUGACAACUAGGACUUUAAUUUACAUCGAUGCAUCAAGCAAAAUAUUUUUAAAUCGAACGUCUUUUUUUCUUUUCGGUUUCCUGCAAUGAUUAAGUUAAUCAGUUCAUGU